CGCAUGCGCCGUGAACCCUGAUCACCCGAGGUGGGAGGGCAGCUGGAUUACAGAUUAGUGGAAGUGGGUCAAAAUGUCUCGUUUAAAAUCGUUAAUUGUGCCCUCUGUGAGGUGUAUUGUGCAUAGACGAUACUGCAGCACUGAGAGGGUAACCAACGCCUUGGUCACCGAGUACAGGAACGACAUUUUCGAGGAGGAAAAGCGGCGUCAGCAGGGCAUGGUGCGCAGACUGGAGAAGAUCGAGGUCGUUCACGUGGGGCCCAACGACCCCGGCACCUUCAUCAUGAACAAGAACCUGUCCACACCCUACCACUGUGCCAUGCACAUCAGUGAAACCUACACCAAAUACUCUGUGCUUGCCAUGGUGAAUGGUGAACCCUGGGACAUGUGGCGACCCUUGACAGAAGACUGCGAGCUGAGCUUCGUGCGCUUCCGUGACAAGCACCCAGAGGAGGCCAACAAGUCAUACUGGCGCUCAUGUGCCCUGAUUCUCGGAGCAGUGAUGGAGACAGCAUUUAAGGACACGAUUUACGUACAGCUUGCUCGGGCUCUUGAACUCCCCAUUAUUAAGGGCAUGUUUGUAUACGAUGUAGACUUGGGCCUGAAGGACUGGACACCAGCUAAAGAUAACCUUCGUUCCCUGAGCCUGUCUGCAAUCACCAUGAAAUCCAAGGACUUGCCAUUUGAGAGACUUGAAGUGGACCCUAGCCUGGCAAUCAGGCUGUUUCAGCACAGCCAGUACAAGCAGCGUGAGGUAGAGGAAAGGGUACGGGGAGGUAGAGUUACUCUGUACAGAAUGGGCAAAUUUAUCGAUAUCCAUGAUGGACCAAUGAUGUCAAAGUCAAGUUUAGUGUCAAUGUUUACAGUAGCAGGGAUACAUGAGCUCCCAGGUGGGCUGUACCGUGUGCAGGCUAUAUCCCUUCCCCAUGACUUCUAUCUCCACAGCAGUGUGUGGAACAAACUGGUAAAGAGGGCUAGUGUCCCCCUAGUGGGAGACCUGAGUACUGCAGGGGUAGAUGAGUCAUGGAGGGAGACUAAAAGUUCAGCAGCAUAAUGUUGACAUCUUUUUCAAGAAACCUUGUUAUGAAAGGAUUAUUGUAUUUGUAAGGAAGAAUUAUGUUUAGUAACAGUUUGCAGAUACAUGUGACACUUUUGUUGAUAACAAGACUCCCUCUCAAGAAGGACACUUAUGAUCAUGUAUCUCAUCAAAAAUAAAAUAAAAAGGCUUGCUAAAUAGAUACAAAAACAUGUACAUUGUACCAGCACAUAGUUUUUUUAAAAAUAGAAAUCAGAAAGUGUAAGUGUAAAAUAGGUGCCACAAUUUCACAAAGCAGCAUUUCUUUAUUUUGCAUUGUGAUGUAUCAACAUACCAUACAUGCAAGUCAGAGCUAAAACCAGGUCACUCAAAUUUAUUAAUAAGAUAAGACACAGAAUUCAUUUUGUAUCUGGCAACUGGCAGUUUUACAUGAUACAUGUAUUCAGAAAAACACACAAGUCACCAUCUACAUUUCAUGAUUUUGACUGUAAAAGCUGUACAACUCUUGCAAUCAUGAUGACAGCCAGUGAUAGCUAGUCACAUAUGUCUAUCUUCUUGAAGCACCAGGCAUUCCAGGUGUUGGGCGCCCAGGAACAGGUAUUGAUCUUUCGACCAUCCCCACAUCCAUGCCUGUAUGUUAAAAGAUAGAUAAAUCAAUGCAUCAUGAUGUCAAAUGAUGAAAAUACAGAACACAGUGCAUUGCCA